UCGAGGCGUUAUGAUGUUCAUAACGAAUGCGGUUAAAGUAAAUUUUAUUUUAUUUAUCGAAUUAGCUAAUGAAAUUCUGCACCACUGGCAUGCUAGCUUACUAUUCUUUAUUUUAAGCUGGCAUAGCAAUUUUCCCAUUCAACCAAGGUUUGCCACGAAUCAAGAGUCAAAAAACGAAGCUGGAAAGGAAAACCAGUCGCUCAUGUUUCUGUGUGAAACGCGUGGAAGGUAGAAUUAGCACACAACGAUUUUGUCCUUGAUUUCUCGAGCAUUUAAACGUAUAAAGGAAACUGUACCAGAGCACCUCGGGAACAGAUCGAGGAAAACGUCGAUACUCGAACCAUGCCCGCGAACGAGGAAACUCUAGGCGAUUCCUCGCAUCAGACUGUGCCUCGAACAACAGAAAAUUUCUUAGAGAAAGUCUCUGGGAAUUCCGUAGCAGUUAAUGAAUUCCAGAAGAAUUCAUGUCGCUCCAGCGAAGAAGAAAAUGAAGUUGAACGUCUAGAGGAUUGUUCGGGUAUCGUUGCCGAGGAAAAUAGUGAAGAAGACGAGUGGUACAAGAGUUUGCCCACGCGAAAUCUGCAUGAGAAGUUCAUGAGGAGAUUCGUCGAUCUGCUCUUGGAAGAAGCAAUAUUUGAGGGAGUUUCGAGGAAGAAUCGAGUGGUGGAGUGGAUGGAGCCCAGCGAGCUUCGUUCAGCCAUCGAUCUAACUCUUUCGAACCAAGGAGUUUCUCACGAAGAAUUACUUUUGCUUGCUCGUAACGUGAUUAAGUACAGCGUGAAAACGGGCAAUCCUCGAUUCGUGAAUCAGCUGUACUCCAGCGUGGAUCCCUACGGGCUCCUGGGACAAUGGAUGACCGAUGCAUUGAAUCCAUCCGUGUAUACCUACGAGGUCUCCCCGGUCUUUUCUCUGAUGGAAGAAGAGGUUCUAAAAGAGAUGAGGAAGAUGGUCGGUUGGAAGGAUGGCAGAGGCGAUGGAAUAUUCUGUCCAGGUGGUUCUAUAGCCAAUGGAUAUGCUAUAAAUUUAGCGCGUCAUUAUAGGUUUCCCCAUCUGAAGUCUCUGGGUUUAUCCAGUUCUGGGAAGCUAAUAAUCUUCACAUCCCAGGACGCCCAUUACUCGAUAAAAAAGCUGAGCGCGUUUCUUGGAAUAGGGUCAGACAAUGUCUAUGAUAUAAAAACCGACAAGCUAGGAAAAAUGAGUGUGUUGGACCUAGAAAUCCAAAUCAAGAAGGCCAUCGCCGAGGGUGCAACACCGUUUAUGGUCUCUGCUACGGCUGGGACGACAGUUCUAGGUGCCUACGAUCCUCUAAAAGAAAUAACAGCCGUCUGCAGGAAACAUAAUCUUUGGUUGCACGUGGAUGCCGCUUGGGGCGGUGGAGUACUAGUUUCCAGGAAGCACAGACACCUUCUGGACGGCGUCGAUUUGGCGGAUUCCGUCACCUGGAACCCUCACAAACUCCUUGCAGCUCCGCAGCAGUGUUCCACGUUGCUUUUACGUCACCAGGGCCUCCUGGAAGCCGCCCAUGGCUCCCACGCUAGCUACUUGUUCCAACCUGACAAAUUCUACGAUUCCAGUCAGGACUCUGGCGACAAACACGUCCAGUGCGGCCGUAGAGCGGACGUGUUGAAAUUCUGGUUCAUGUGGAAGGCAAAGGGAACACUGGGACUUGAGAAACACAUCGACCGCGUGUUCGAAUUGUCUCAGUAUUUUAAAAAUUUUGUGAAACACAGAAAGGGUUUUAAAUUACUUCUAGAACCGGAAUGCACGAACGUUUGUUUCUGGUACGUGCCUCCGUCGGCAAGACACUUGGGAACGGAGGAAUUGAAGAUAGUGUUGCAGAAAAUCGGACCUAAGAUCAAGGAACGAAUGAUGAAGGAUGGGACCAUGAUGAUCAGUUAUCAACCGUUGAGAGAGAUGCCUAACUUUUUUAGACUCGUUCUACAGAACUCUGCUCUAACGGAAAAGGAUAUGAGGUUCUUUGCGAAGGAGAUUGAGAGGAUCGCCGGGGAUUUGCAGGAGUUUCUGUGAAGAAGAUUAUAUUAAGAAUUACGAGUUCCAUAGGUUUUGAUAAUUCAAUGGAAACCAAUAAACCAUGAGAAUUCAA